CCAUGAGACGAACGAAGCUUUGGAGGAGCUGUUCUUCCACUAGUUUUUCAUCGACCCUCUCCUGCCCGAGCUCUCGAGCGAGCGACGUGACCUCCUUGUCCAGGAUUCCACACGGGACGAUGUGCUUAAAUCCAUCCAGAUCGGUGUUGGCAUUGAAUGCCAGGCCGUGCAUCGUCACGCCCUGGGGAGCGCUGAUCCCCAGCGCGCCAAUCUUCCGUCGCUGAUCGAUCCAGCAGCCUGUCUGGGAAGGGAUUCUUCCGGCCUGGAGCUUGUAAUCCCUCGCCACUUCCAGCAUGAGAUCUUCCAGCCUCUCGACGAAGAGCCGGAUUCCAAUCCCCAGCGCCCGGAGCGAGACGAUAGGGUAGAGAAUCGGCUGGCCGGGGCCGUGGAAUGUGGCAUCGCCGCCGCGAUGCGUCUGGUGGACCUCGAUCUGGAGGCGCUGGAGCUCGGAUUGGGGCGUGAGAAUGGCGUCGGAGAGGCUGUGGCGGCUUAGGGUAUGGCGGCCGAGCGUGAUCGUGGGAGGAUGCUGCGCCAGGACGAGCGUGUCAUCGAUGCCGCCGCUACGCCGCUGCUCGUGGAGAUUGCGCUGAAGUGCCAGAGCUCGAUUGUACGGUAUCGUCCCCGCCCGCAAGACCUGGAGCGUUCUCAUUCUAGAACAUAUGUGGAUUAGGGUUUGGGGAAGAAAGAUAGCGCCCGAGCGUGGAUUGAUCGCUCACAGCGAUGGAGGGCUGAUUUUCACGAGCUCCAGGUUUGAUGGUUCUUGCGAGGCGCUGGCUCCGGGAUCGUAAGAUCAGCCGCAUUUUACAGAAGUUACAGGGAAGAGGAGCUCACAAUCUCGACCAAAAGAAGAAUGCUGCCACCGUUAACUAUACUUUCCAGGAACUUAGAACUUUCUCCUCAUUGUCACAAUGAUCCAGGUGUGUGUGGGCGAAUCGGCCGCUUUCUUGUGUGGAUGAUCCACACUUGUGAAGAACAGGCAACGAAGAGGCACCUUAUACGAACGAGUUUCUCUCGUCCAUUCACUUAGAGUCCACCGCUACUCAUGAAUUCGCGUAGCUAUUUCAGUCAUGGAGAUAGAACACUUGCGGCAAGAAGAUGUCUGGAGCAUCGAUUUUUCACGAGAGCUUGCCGGACUGAGGAGAAAGCUUGCGCGCUUAUCCAUGCUAAUCUUUGGCAUGGCUGGUCUCAUCGCAGGCCAAAGUCUCUCUCUCUCAGGGGUCCCCGCGGAGAAAUUGUCUUUUACCAAAGAGGAAAGUGACCGGCAAGAAAAAUCUCGCGAGGCCGAAGUCUGCUCGCGGUUUGUUGUGAUAUUGCGGCGCGGCAAGUCGCAUUCAAGCAAGUGAACAGCACGCAGCUUACAUCAGGUAAGUGAAGAAGAACACUCAGGCUCGCCAAAGAGAUGGGACAAGCAACCAUCUCUUGCAGUGGGAUUUUUGCGGCGUCGUCUUGGUCUCACUGGCAGCCGGAGUGUUUUCCAGAAGAACACCGGCCACGAAACCGCUCGUCCCGUGCAGAGAGAACACGGGGAGUUUCUCGGGGGACUAGAGGACAGCAGCGAAUUAAUGGAGCUACGGGUGGAGGUGGACAGAUUUGCCUGUGGAUUCGAGGUUCCUGGUCUGGAUCUGGAUUCUGGAAGCAGUGGCAGCAAGGAAAACAGCAGCAGCCAAAGCGAGCAAGCAGCAGCCAAGUAGCGGCGCGGCGAUUUGAUGGUUUCGUCGUCUCUCGCCAGAGCUUUGGAGGGGCCUUGAAGAUUUUUGGACACCUCGCCGUGAAUCAAAUAGGGAUUCCAAGUUUUCACGCUACCACAAGUCGUAUAAUCCAUUGUUUUUCCAGCGCGCACGAUCAUUGAGGCGAAUCUCCAAUGAGUGUAAGCUCUUUUGUUUAUAGAGUUUGAUCUUUCUUCUCCA